CAUCAACCUCACCAUUAUCUGCCAAUCUUCCAACUCACCUCCAGGAUCAUGAAGGCAGUCCUUGCCCUCUCUCUUCUUACAUCCGCCGUCAGCGGUAGUGUCGUCUUCUCGCUCUCUACGGAGCUUAAUGGCCAAGGGAUACGAAAAUCUUGGGUCGUGGACCGCUGGAAAUGCCACAAUCUCGCCGAGGACGGCAUCGAUAACCAAGCUUCUUGGGCUUUUGUUGAUGCUGGACUAGCCAACGGAUGUGACUUAUAUGACGAUGCAGAUUGUAAAGGGAGGAGUUUGUUUGUGAAGAAGAACAAUUCGAAUAUCCUGGGCCCUGGUCCGGUGAAUCUUACGGAUUAUAAUUUUGACAAUAUCGCUAGUUCAUUCUCUUGCGUCUGAGGUGGAGGG